GGACCACUGGCUGACAUUGGACUCAACAUCUAUGUAAAAAAUUCACUGCCAUGCUACCAAUUCAGCAAUGCAAUCUUAAGUUAAUUUGUUAUCUGUAUUCAUUAAUUUUGAUAAAUUAACUCUGAUCCAAACACUUAUCGACAUGUGGCUGGUACAGUCUGAAUGUGGUUGUGUUUAUUUUCAGCUGGCAGCUAGGAAGCUAGCUAGGAAAGAAUCAGCACCUGUGAAAGUCGCAAGUCAUUGAUUCGAUGGUGUCCAGCUAGAGCUAACUACAGCUAUGUCUGUGGCCUCUCUCCUGCGAAGUGCCAUGAGAGUGAGGAACAGACAUGUCGCUGCACAUUUGAUCCAUCAGAGAGCUCUUUCAGGGGCAGAUGCUAUAAAUGCACUUAGACCUUUCUACUUUGCAGUGCAUCCAGACUUCUUUGGCCAGCAUCCCAGGGAAAGGGAAGUGAAUGAAAAUUCCCUCAAGAGACUCAAUGGUUAUUUGGAAAACCUUCAGAAGCCGGGAACCCGCUCAGUCCAACCAACAAAGCUCACCUUUUAUGUCAGGGACACAAAGGAGAAGGAAGUCUUUCAGCAGGACCUCCUUCCCCCUGGUAAUGUCAUUUUAGCCUGCUUAAAAGGGUUCCGUUCGGUCAGCUUCACUCUGCAGACCAAGGAUGUCCUCACCACCGCAAUGGACGUGUUGAAGUCCUGCAGUCUAUCCAUAGAGCACAUGAACGGACUGAAGGCCAGCUCAGAGUCACCCAAGAGCCAGCAGCCAGUGGCUGGGCCUGGGAACCCUUUCUACAGGCCCAUCAAAUGGGACAAAAGCUAUUACAGCUUCACUGGCUUCAGAGACCCAGAGCAGGAGCUGGAGCAGGCCAAGAGAGUAGAGCCCACACUAAGCUUGUGGCUGAGAACCAAUGAGAAGGAGGCUAUGAAGAAGCAGAACGCCAGUCUCCCUCGACGGGAUGAGCUGAAGAGACUCAAGAAGGAAUUGUGUCAGAAAUUUGCCUUGGAAGAUAUCAGGUGGCAGCGCAGCUGGGGAGUUACUCACAGAUGCUGUCAGCUCCAGAGUCUGAGCCGCCUCUCCCAGCAGAACCCUGAGGCUGUGCUCAACCUGCGAGGACACACUAUAAUAUUCACUGACCAAUCAGGGAUGAAUGCCUCAGGACAUGUGAUGCUGGGAACAAUGGAUGUUCAUCACCAAUGGACAAAACUGUUUGAGAGUCUCCCCAGCUACCGUAGCCUGCACCAGCAGACAGAGUGGCUGAAGGAGAGGAUCAGCCAUGUGUUGGGAGGUAUCCAGGUGAUUGACAUAGAGAGACUGGGGCCUGUACAGCCUAUAGAGGAACACUGCAGCAUCCUCAACACCUUCCAUACGAGACUACUGGCCCGACGCCUAGCCCUGCACCCCAGGAGCCUGCAAGGCCUGGCCAUGACCCUGGAGAGUGACCGCUCCAGCCCCAGCCUGCAUGAGAUGGGUCACUUCGUCAUCCCAGCCACCUGUGAGCCCAGCAGACUACAGGUGUUCCUCCAGAGCAUGGCCUGGGAGGCCCGACAACGAAUGAAACACCGGAACCAGCUGCAGGCAGAGGAGGAGGAGGUACUGCUCCACUGCCUGGAGGGUCUGGCCCUGAGGAGUCUGUCCAAGGAGCCCAGUGUCAGACACACCCAGAUGAUCCCCUGCUGCAGGCGGCUGCUGGAGGAACGCUCCCCCCUCAUGGAGGGCCUCCGGGUGGAGGUCUCCCACUUCUACUCUGUCAUGCAGGACGGGGACUUGUGCAUCCCCUGGGACUGGAAGGGCUGAGGGGACAGGGCAGGGGACAUGCUGCAGCACACCUGGUUGAACCAGACUGAAUGCUGUGUUCACCAUGUCUACCAUCAGACUACGCUGCAGCUGCCACACAGAGAAACAAACCAACCGACUCUCGCAAGGUCAAUCACUUUAUACUUCUACUGGAGAGGACAGGCAAACAGACAGAUACUAUUUUCACGCUAUCAUGCUGAACCUGGGCCUGGUUUCCCAAAAGCAUCUUAAGGCUAAGUUCAUAGUUAACCUUCGUAGGAACAUUGUUCAAUCUCUGAACUGUUUCUCAAAACCAUCGCUACUAAAGUUGCACUUGAAAAUUGUCAUUAUUUACUGACUGCCUCAGAUCACUCCUAGAACAGCUAAGAGAUGCGUGUUUCCCCCUAGGGGUCACUUUAUACACAGAAGAUCUUUGCUAAACAUAGAAUCAAGAUUCUUAUCUGUCUCUCUGUGACCAAUGCUAACUUCACAAAGAUGUUGACUACAAAUAUAAAGUUGCCAAUGUCUUUGCAAUUGUUAGAAACAAGCAAAGGAUAAAAAUAUGCUUAAAAUUAAAACCGAGAUGACUGCAUUAAAAUAUAAAUUACCUACCUACAGUAUAGACUACGUAGGCCUAUAUUUCAGUUAGUUUUAUUUAGCUACGAUCUGUAAUUUCUGCCUCAAUAUAUUUAAUGAUAUAUUGGGGCGGCAGGUAGCUUAGUGGUUAAGAGCGUUGUGCCAGUAACCGAAAGGUCGCUGGUUCUCCGAGCCGAC